UCUGACCCCCUUCCUGAUGUCUUGUCCACUUAUGCUAUGGUCUGUGAUGAAGAUCUUCGUCAAGCUACUAUGUCGAGAGAAGAAUUGCCUAGUGGGGGUGCUAUGGUUGCACGUAAGGGGGGUUCAGGGUCAUAUCGAUCUCCAUCCACACGGUCCCAAAAUUUUUCCAAGCCUAAUACUACUCCUAAGGCUUCUAUGACCAAAGAAGUUUUGAAACCAAGUGUACCUAUUAAAGGUGGAGAUCGUGAGUGUUCCUAUUGUGGCAAAAAUCAUACUGUUGACAAGUGCUGGAAACUCCAUGGAAGACCCGAAUGGGCAGAUGAACUAAUUGCGAAAAAGGGAGGAGCUCGAGUGUCUCUUGUCACUACUACUACUCCUGCUAAUGAAGAGGAGGUCGUGCCAGGACCUUCAAACUCAGGUGGAGAUGGGGCGUGGUUUUAAGAGAGGGGAUUUGUGGUACUUCAGCAGCUCAAAUUCAGAAAUUGUGGCAAAUCAGGCUAGUAAACUUGUGCUGGAGAAUGAGAAGUUGAUUUGGUUAUGGCACCAACGAUUGGGACAUCCGUCGUUUCGUUAUUUGGAACAUCUUUUUCCUACUUUAUUUAAGUCUACUGGUCAUAUUUUUAAGCAUUGUGAAACUUGUGUGUUGGCUAAAAGCCAUCGUACUGUUUUUCCCUUGAGUGAUU